CUCGUGUUCCUUACAAAGACCCACAGAUGGCUGCCCUCGCAGCUCUGGCAACUACUACAGGAGUUGUGAAAACUACGGACGACAAGAAAAACUGCCUGACUCAGUCGUUGAAAAAGGCUGCAGAGGGUCGAUAUGCACUGCGAAAGUAUCGUACUAGUAGAAAUUGCAUUACAAACUGCCUCAGCAUUACAAAUCAAUGCAAUUUGUAAUGCGGAUUGCCUAUGAUAACUAGAUUUGUAUUGCAUCUCUGCGAAUACUACGAGUACGAUACUUUUGCAGUGCAUAGUCGAAGUGGUAUGGUAGUGAUACCGUCCGUUCGCGGUAUGAAAGGAGGUACUAGUAGUAGUUCCAGUCGCGGAGGAGGCGCAGCAGG